AUGAGGAUCGGGCCCUGGUGCAUUUUCCAGAUGUGGGAGAAGCCCAUUCAAGAAUGUAAGGAAUUCACCUACAAGUUUGCAGAAGAAAUCCGAAGGCAGCCUCUCUGGGGGUUCACGCCCGGGUAUGACUUCACAGCACGCUUGAGAAGCGGAAUGGAGGCGAUUCUUCCUCCCGACGCCCACGAGCUGGCUCAGAAUCGGCUACACGUAUCCAUCACCAACAGCAAGACGAGGGAAAAUUACUUGGUCUCCCGUUUUUCCUCCAGGGAANUCUGCAUCCAGGUUCUCUUGGCGAGCAGUUUUGUGCCCAUUUACUCAGGACUGAGACCCGUGGAAUACAAAGGGCAGAUGUGGGUUGAUGGCGGCUUCACCAAUAGCCUCCCUAUCCUGCCCGUGGGCCGGACAGUGACCAUCUCGCCCUUUAGUGGACGCUUGGACAUCUCGCCACAGGACAAAGGGCGGCUAGAUCUGUACAUCACCAUCUCCAAACAGGACAUAACGUUGUCUGUGACCAACUUGGUGAGACUCGGUCAAGCCCUUUUCCCACCAAACGAGAAGACAAUGCAAUCACUGUAUCGCUGUGGCUUUGAUGACACCGUUAAGUUUUUACGGAAAGAAAACUGCUUUGAAUAGAAUGCUUGGAAGUUUAUAACACAAAGCAGAUUUCUGAUAGUUUUUGACAGCGGUUUCUAAUGAAAUAUUCUGUUGUUUUUUAUUUUUAAUCUAUCAGGACUUUGUCAAUUAAUAAGUAAGGAACUAAGAGACAAUUUCUUAGAAUUUGCUAGCAUCA